AUGGGUACUUCGAACCAGCACCCUAGUGAUCCUGAGGGGCCACCUUCCAGAUGCAGCCGUCUGGGUACCAGCAAGCAGACCAAGUCGGUUCGCAAAGUUCAGAGGAGUUGGCUCUGCACCAAAGCGACCGAAGCGCCGCCGCGCCAAGUGCCCGAGGGACUCCAGCGGAGGCUGCAGGCAGCCAGGGAGCGGCGGGGCGGGGUUUCCUGCCGGCAGGAGCGCCCGGGACCCGCACCUCCACUGGGGGUCUCCAACCGCGCGCGCUGCGCCUGGGGCGCACGGGAAGCGGCGCCUUGGUGGCGCGUCGCACGGUCGUCCCCCUCCGUGCGCUCCGGGAACCCGGGGCAGUCAUCCACCUACCUGCUCUCCCGCUUCCAGCCUCGGGCGCUCGGCGGACUGUCGACCGCUACUUUAUUGUCUCGGCUGCUCACCGCGCAGGACCUGGGGACCCGGCUCUGCGCCAGCUCCGCAACUCCGCUCUACGUAGCGCCUACCCGGGCGGCUGCUUUCUUCCUUCUCCUCUCUGCCCAAGCUCCUGCUCAGCACAUUAGCCGCGCAGCCAGACUCCCGGACUCGCAGGGCAGCCAGCGCCUGCCGCAUCCCCCGACCCGGGGCAGUUAG